AACUCUGCAUGUAACACAGGGGGAGAGCACUCCCAACGUACAGUCCACAGAAAGACAAAGACAGAGCGGAGCAGAGGGAUGUGGACUGGAGUUUGGGACCGGCACAAGAGGAUCACCAAACACCUCCAUGGGGUAGCCAUACAGACACAGUCAAUUCCUAGGAUGGCUAUAUUUACACAUGAUGAAGUGCAUCAAGAGGCAAAGAGUGAACCCAUACCAGUGAUAUUUUGAGGACAUGUGGCAGUGAAGUGGUGAGAAGCUGACCAUGGGUGACUGGAACCUGCUGGGCAGCAUCCUAGAAGAGGUCCACAUUCAUUCCACUAUCGUGGGCAAGAUCUGGCUUACCAUACUCUUUAUAUUCCGCAUGCUGAUCCUGGGUGCAGCUGCUGAGGACGUAUGGGACGACGAGCAGUCCGAGUUUGUCUGCAACACUGACCAGCCAGGCUGCAAGUCGGUCUGCUACGACCGUGCAUUCCCCAUCUCCCUUAUUCGCUACUGGGUCCUACAAGUCAUCUUUGUCUCUGCGCCCUCGCUGGUCUACAUGGGCCAUGCCCUCUACUGCAUCCAAGCACUGGACAAGGAGCGCCACCGCAAACGGGCCCAGCUCAGGGAGGAGCUGGACGAGGUUGAGUCGGCUUUGGACGAACAUAAGCGCAUAGAGAGGGAGCUAAAGAGGCUGGAAGAGCAGAAAAAGGUGAAGAAGGCUCCUCUCAGAGGCUCUCUGUUGAGAACCUACAUCAUCCAUAUCCUUACACGCUCUGUGGUGGAGGUCUGCUUCAUCCUGGGCCAAUAUAUACUCUAUGGCGUCCAACUGGAGCCACUCUAUAGGUGUGAGAGGAUGCCAUGCCCCAACAGUGUAGACUGUUACAUCUCCAGGCCCACAGAGAAGACCAUCUUCAUGGUCUUCAUGAUCGUCAUUGCUGGUGUGUCACUUUUCCUCAAUGUUCUGGAAAUAUCCCACCUGGGCAUCAGGAAAAUCAAACAGACACUGUAUGGAGAGAGGUACGCGGAAGACGACAGUUUGAUUUACAAGUCCAAGAAGAAGGCGUCCUUUCCACACCUUUGUGUAAUGAGUAAUGUAUCACCUCACAAUGGGCCUUUGACUCAGACCUUCAAAGUGAUUCCAGAGGCGGACAUGAAGCCUCUUUAUUACAACACUGGGCUCAAAGCCAACCAGGAUGUAUCGAGACACAACAGCUUGGCUUAUGUGAGACACAGUCAGACCAGCUAUAUCUGUCCCCAACCUAGGAUGCCACCCAGGUCUGGCCAGAACUGUGCAAUUCAAGUCCCACAAACCCAUGAAGGUCCAGAGGUCCACACAGCUAAGGUGGACCACCAUCCAGCCUGGGCUUCUGCUGCGUCCAUUGCGGAGGGAAGUGCAACAAGCCAUCAUGAGGAUCCCCGUGAGGGGGAACACUCUCACCCGAGCCAUUUGGAUGCUCUGGUUUGCGCUAGCAUCUUAAGGCCCAGCGCUAUCAGAGACCUGGAUGAAGAUGAGCGUAGGGAGUCAAUGGGAAGCCAAGCACUGAUCCUUAAUCCCAGGAAGAUCAGCUUCAUGACCAGGCCACCAUCUGAGAGCUACUCCUCCUUCAGCGGCUCCACAAGCCCUUCCUUACAUACCUCAGAGGAGUCGGAUGAACUGUGCUCCCUGCAGGGAGACAUGCCCAUGAUGCCCCCUGCCGGAGGCCGAAGAAUGUCAAUGAGCAUGUUUCUGGAUAUCUCCUCCAUCAUGAAGAAGUGAAGCGAUGAGGCUUGCAGCAUGGCCGUAAGAGCUGUGUUCCACAAACUUUAUCAGUGAUCCAGCCAUCAACAUUGAUUCACCACUAAAUUCACAUGUGGCCAAAACCAGUGAAGCAGUCAGCCAUGAUGAGGCAGCGGACUCCGUGCCAAAGCCUGAGACGAAGCAUGUUUUGGAAUUGAAGCACCUUAGGACGUCUACAUGUGGGUACUAACAGGAAAGGAUAGUAUCUAUCUAUUUUUUUUUUUUUUUAUUAUUUGGACUUUCCAUGUGUUGGCUCAUUUUUUUUACAUUGUGCAGAAACAACACAAUGGGUUAUGGAGCAAACUCCUCAGAGAACGUUUGCUUCUGUAACAUGGACAUUAUGACCUUAAAAUACUUUUUCUAAGUUGAAGACUUGAUUAGAAUCUGUGUGUAUCUGUGUAUAGUCAUCUAUAUACAGUCAUUUCAUGAGAAAUUAUGAUACUUUAUAUUGUAUUCAGAUUAAAUGCUUCUUAACAAAACGGCAA